UGUAGCAAAUCAGCCCCCGGGCAGAGCCGUUAUACUUUCUAAAGAUCUCCAUGGAGGCUCUCAGAAGGACCUUGACUUUCUUAAAGGGAAUACAAUUCUGUCGUCCAUGAAACAACAGCCCUCGACGCAGCAUGACUAUUUUGGAAAAACGUUUCAGGCAAGAUAGGUUUUGAAGUGUAUCUGUAAAGUACACCACGGCAGAGAAACGAAGCAAAAUAAAACGACAACAACCCUGGAAGUUUCGAUGACCCUUUGAAUGAAACAUAAUCUGCCGAUAUUACUGGUAAACGUUUCGUGGGACUGCGAUGACCUCCAGUACAGACAUGAAGGCAGGCUCCGCAUUGCAAUCCAGUGGUGAGGAGCGGAGACGGGGUCCGCUUGAUCAGCUUCCACCACCCGCUAACUCCAACAAGCCCCUCACCCCGUUCAGCAUUGAGGAUAUUUUAAACAAGCCGUCCAUAAAGAAGUCCGUUGCCACCCUCUGUCCGCCGAGGGUUUUGGAGAAAGUGACUGCCUCGAACGCAGUCAGGAACGGUAUUACCACUCCGUCCUCCCCCCUCUGCGCAUUGGAGGAACUUGCCAGCAAAACUUUUAAAGGUUUGGAAGUCAGCGUAAUCCAAGCAGCUGAAGGUCGCGAGCAUCUGAAUGCGUUUGGUCAGAGACAGGCCUCGAAGAAGAGGAGGAAGUCUCGCACAGCCUUUACGAACCAUCAAAUAUAUGAACUGGAGAAGCGGUUUUUGUACCAAAAAUAUUUGUCACCAGCAGACAGAGACCAGAUAGCACAACAGCUGGGCCUUACGAAUGCCCAGGUCAUCACCUGGUUCCAGAAUAGACGGGCCAAGCUCAAGAGAGACUUGGAGGAGAUGAAGGCGGACGUAGAGUCGCUGAAGAAAAUACCCCCGCAAACGCUCCAGAAGUUGGUUACCAUGGAAGACAUUGACGACCCCCAAGGAAGUUCGGGGGUUAUAUCACCCAGUAUUUCUCCGUCCUCCCAAGGUCACGGGGUCUUUCCCCAGUCUCCUGCCUCAUCUAGAGACCAAACCACGGACGAAUUUUCUGAAGAAGACGAAGAAAUUGAAGUGGACGAUUAAAAGUAACCCGAAUUUUUGGAGGGAUGCUUUUCAUCUGCACACGGACAAGGGAAACUCAAUGUAAAACGAAUGUUUUUUUCUUUCUUUUUUCUAUUUUAUUUAUUAAAGAGACAGUGUCUUUCAGAUUGAGACAGCUUGAAAUUGACGUUUAUAGAUAUCGAGAUAUUUCUUCAUUAGCUGCAACAUAGUAUGAGGAAUGAAAAUGCAAGCCUUUUUUCAAUACAAUUUUGAAAAAUUAUCUGUGGUUUAUGGUACAGGAUCAAGACCGCAAAGUAUGCCAAUGUAUAUAGGUUGACGUUUAUUUUACAAAGUUCAUGGGAAAGUCGUGCAAUUUGUGUUUUGUUUUUUAUAAAUCAUUGAUUACACACUUCUUUCAUAGCUGCUAAGGAAACGUAGGUCUACAGUAUUUUUCUCAUGUUCGGACGAGUAGACAAAAACAAAUUUAAAUUAUGGAUUGUCGAUAUUUUGUUUUGGUGUAACACGUGUGCCCACAUGUUUAGGUUUUAUUUACAAUAAUUUGCAUACCAACAAGUGUUUUUGACCUCAUAAACGUGUCGUCAGUAUGGCAGAUUCUACUGAUACAUGAAAAAUCUGCAACAAAGCACCUAUCGUCAAACAGCU